AUGCGGCACUAUCCACCAAUCAUACCCGCAACCUGCAACCACCCAGAAUGUGUGACAACACAACAGAAGAUCCUCCAAUCUGACCAGUACACUGGUACCGCACCUCAAAUCGCGUCUCAAGACUAUCCUCUGCCGCAGGACCUUGAGAAUAAUUCUAUGAACCUUUCUUUCCUUCGCACCUGCCUUGGAACUUUCUCCAAAUUUCCAAUUUGCUUGCAUCGCUGGCAAGUUCAAUCGAUACAAUAUCUCAAAAUAAGUGUUCCGCCCCAGCAAGGAAUGGAUACACAUCUCGCUGAAUGGAAUGAGACUUCCUCGUUAAUUAGUCUCGGUUUUCCCAAUCUCGCUGCCAUCUCUAUCCAGAUUUAUCUUUAUUUUCCUGUACAGGCGGUACGAGACACUUUUUGGGAUGGGGGUCUCCUCAAGUUCUGUCGCCUGAAGCGUCUCCGAGGGGUGAGACUCUCCAUUUUCGAGUUUGACCCUGCGUGGCCAAACACCAGAGACCCCGUGGUGUUCUUCGAAUACGUGGCCGGCUCAUUGCCCAAUUUAAUGGAUGAAAGCACAGACGGGAACAAACAACUGCCAUCCCAUCAGACACCACACCACAUCUGUUUUUACGAUGCGCGCGACAAACUCAGGGAUCGGGUCCAACAAGACACGACCAUUGGUGAGGAGUGGGCAUCCCCUGACUCCUACCGCAGUGGCCAGCUCUUUUUCCGCUUUGCACCCAAUACUUUCCCGCUCUACGUCCGCAACCUGAUCCACACCCUCCCCCGCCGGUGGCCGCAUCGAACCCACGCAGACAUCCGGCGCGAAGAUCGCUUGCAUAGAAAUAAAACCGAUUACGCGUGCGUAUAUCUCGACGGCGUGUCGGAUCCGGAGCACAAUCGAUACCCAGUCUUCGGGUUCCAAUACAACCCCAAUCUGAGGCACCAGCAUAAUGAGGAAUACAUUGCACAGGGACUAGCAGCAUUGCGGCUAUCCCGCGAGCGGCUUCGGCUUUCUGUUGCUUCUGCUCCUUAUUCCUGGAACCGGCAGCGAGAGGAUGGUGAUUCCCGACCAUCAUCGCAAUCAUCUAGGGACCAGGAGCGAAAGGAAGAACCUUGUCAUCAAUCAUCCGAGGGUAUGGUACCAGCUCCUCAACGCCGGGCUAGUCCAGGUUUUCAAGACGAUUCCCCUAGUCGCCGAGCAGUGACCUCCACAGAAAAUGAGAGACCGGGCGACUGGAGACGGCAACACACAGAGGAAGUAUUUGCGCCAUUCAUUGAAUCAUUUUCUAUGGCGCUUUGA